UCCGUAGCGAACUGCCGCAUUGUACGGACGUGAGUUGAGAAACGGAUUGCCGGAACAGGCGAUACGCCAGCUGUAACUAAACGGAAAGGGCAUAAAAGACGCACGCAUUAUCGAGCAUAUCGCAAACGCACUUGUGCGAGCGCGACGUGUAUGAAGUUUUCCAGUUCGAUCUGCUGGACGAAGCGGUCAUCGUCAACAUCGUCGACACCGUCAGCGAUUGAUCGCAAAGCGGAAGAAUUCUUCGGAGGCGAAAAUUCUUAGCGAGAACUCGCAGGCAAGGCAUCAUCCAUAGGAGCUACUGACGCGCCAGUGUAACGAUUGGCCUUUUCUCUCUCUCUCUCUCUCUCUCUCUCUCUCUCUCUCUCUCUCACUCUUGCGUGGUGCGAGCCGUGCAAGGUCUUAAAACUUUCUAAGAGUAUUUUAGAAAAGAGAGAAAGAGAGAAAGAGAAAGAGAUUGCGGAACGUAAAAAGAUAGGGACGAACCGGACAGGCGAAGUGUGAAACGGAGACCAGAUAAUAAAAGUCUACGAGAUGGCGUUUAUGAUGCCUGUGGUGAAAAACGAAUGGGACAUUUAUAAGACUAAUAGGAGUCGACGAUCGUCCGAGUGCUCGAAUCCGCAGGCUUGUCGUAGCCGAAAGGUCUGGCGAACCGGCAGACACAGCCGUCUUGCGAAGUGCGGCACGUCCGAUCGUCCUCCCGUCUCGGUUCUCAUGGUAUCCGAGUGUUCCAAGUCGGAGGGACCGUCGUUGUCGACCUCCCCCGGUUCUGACUUUCUUACCUCGCCGGCGCACCGGUCCGUGCCGCUGACCUCGCGGCACUUCUCGAGGACGUCUUCAAGGGCGUCGCAGAGCUCUCUCCAGAGCCCGAGCAAGAGCACGAGCACGUCGCCGCCGAAGACCGGCAGCUCGAACUCCCUCAACAAGUUUCAUAAUCGAUUGGUGGAUAAGCUGAAGCGCUCGCUGAAGAAGGCGGAAGAUUGCGCGGAGGAUCAACGUAACCUAUCGUGAAACAAUCAAGGGGUUUUGGGCCGGCCACCCGCGUCCGGUUCGAAACCGAUCGAGAUCCGACGCACUUCGGCACCCGUUACCGUAUCCGAGUCGAGCAGCAACGUGGCGGCGCGCUCGUGUCCGGAUCCGCCUUCAGCUUGGUAAAGAAGAAAAAGAAAGGAGAAAGAAAAA